AGCAGCGGGAGUUCGUGGAUUCUGUGCGGAAGCAUAGUUUUCGCGAGGUGGCGAGGGAGAGAGGGUUGAUGGACGUUGAGGGGGAGAUGUUGAGGAUUGUUAAGCAAAUGCGGGUGAGUUCCCCUCUUCGUCUUCGGCAUGGGCGAUUGUGUGGGCCGGUGCUAACGUUGAGUGGUUGAUAGGUGUUUCGGGCGACUCAUCGGUCCAGAGCUAAGCCAUAUUUGAGCCUGCCUGCUCCUGAGAGGUUUAUCAUGACUGCGGGCAAAUCAGUGCUGGAGAGCAGUACCAUCCAGAAUCUUAGGGCGGCUUUUCACUUCCUAGAUACUUUUAUGGUGAAGAGGUUGAAACAGACCGUCUAACGUGUAUUGCCAGAUCUUAAAGAGUACAUAUGAGAGAAUCAGCAUAGUAUAACGCUUCAACUUUGACUUAGGUGGAGUAGGCAGGCUGCCGAAGCACCAGCUUCUCUUCAUGGCAUGCAAGUUACACACUGCGACCUUUCACCAAAGAACUCCCUUCUCGACUGCGAUCUCAACCUGAAGAUUGCGGACUUUGGAGGCGCUUCUUUGUGCGGUGAAGAGCCAUCAGCUACUCCGGCAACAAGGUUUCGAAGCCCCGUCUAUCCGACGGCCAUCGGCUUAGCAUCGGCUAGAGGGGAACUCCGCAUGGGAGCAGAACCUUAGUGCGAGAGUGAAAGUGCCUAGAUACUGCCCAGUGCCUAAAUACUUCCCCUCGUACUUCUCCUGCCAGAAGGGUCCAUGAUUACAGUUACAGGUUGACCCCGCUCGACUCCAACUUUAGUAGCCGGAUCGGUGGCUUGGCCUUUGAUCUAAGAGGUCUAGAUCUUAUUAGCGUGCAGAUUGACAUGCAAAGGAUCAUGACUAAUCACAUUCGAGUGAGUAUUAUUUCAGG